UAAAGCAAUGCCAGUCAUGGUAGAUAGGACACCUUGUACACUGUAUCAUUUGGCUGAGCAAGCUAGCUAAACAAUUACUUGGGAACCCGAAGGAGGAAAAGAAACUUUAUAAAUUGACGCAGACUUUGAUGUUUGCUCUUUUUCAAUGAGCAUUUUUAUAUUCGUUGUAGAUGUUACGAGGGUAUCCAGCUCGUAGGAAAUCUCGUCAUUACCGUACAGAUGUGGAUACAGUAGCUACUCUGGAACCCACCCGCCGAAACUCCCAGAGAUGCACACCUUCCGGACAGGACUCAAAAUGACGGACACCGCAUAAGAAGUUGAGACACGGAGAUGAUCAGACAGACAGUGCCGCUGUUGCUCAGGGCUUUGGGGACUGCCAGGGCAGGACAUGCCACUUCUGAUGGAGGUCCAUAACUCAUCAUCAUCAUCAUCAUAAUCAUCUUCAUCUCCAUCAUCAUCUGAUUUUUUUUCCGAGUGGGAUUGGAACACAGUACAGACCCAGAGCGGAUGAUUUACAGCCUGAGCACACCGUGAACCGAAGGCUCUGCCAGGAGGCCUCGCUCUUUCCUUACUUACAUACUCCUUUUUUUUUUACUGUGGGGGAAGAGUCACGAGCCCAGCUGCUUCAGACAGGUGGGACAGGGAGAGUGAGGGACAGUGUGUGGGCGAGAGAAAGACAGGCGCCUAGUUGCCAUUUGCGGUCCUGUACACUCAUCAAGACGGCCACAACCUUUGCCAUCUGAUCUCAUCACGAGCUCCACCCUGCCCCCACCACAACCCAGCCAAUCACAGCAGACAUGGGGAGGAAAAAGAUCCAGAUCCAGCGAAUCACAGAUGAACGGAACAGACAGGUGACGUUCACCAAGCGCAAGUUUGGCCUGAUGAAAAAGGCCUACGAGCUGAGUGUGUUGUGUGACUGUGAGAUUGCCCUCAUCAUCUUCAACCACUCCAACAAGCUGUUUCAGUACGCCAGCACCGACAUGGACAAAGUGCUGCUCAAGUACACAGAAUACAAUGAGCCUCAUGAAAGCAGGACCAAUGCAGACAUCAUAGAGGCUCUGAACAAGAAAGAGCACCGGGAUUCGGAAAGCCCGGACCCUGAGGAACCCUUCUCGCUCACACCUCGCACUGAGGAGAAGUACAAAAAGAUAGACGAGGAGUUUGAUAAAAUGAUGCAGAGCUAUAGACUGUCAUCUACAGUGCCAGCGCCCACUUUCUCCAUGCCAGUCACAGUGCCCGUGUCCAGUCAGAGUCCUCUGCCCUUCAGCAAUCCCAGCAGCCUUGUUACCACUUCCUUCGUCACCUCCACGCUCACAGACCCUCGCCUGCUGUCACCACAGCAACCACAGCUCCAGAGGAACACAGUGUCUCCUGGUCUGCCACAGAGACCAGCCAGUGCAGGUGCUCUUCUAGGAGGUGACCUGAAUAACUCAAAUGGGGCAUGCCCAAGCCCAGUGGCGAACGGCUACAUCAGUGCCAGGGCCUCCCCAGGCCUCCUCUCCGUCUCCAGUGUCUCAAAUGGUAAUAGCAUGGGGAAAGUAGUCACAGCCAAAUCCCCCCCUCCGUCCAGCCCUCAGAUGGUGAGCAAUCGUAAGCCGGACCUCCGCGUCAUCACCUCUCAAAGCAGCAAGAGCCUCAUGCAGCUGACAGAUGAGGAGCUGGAGUUGGUGACUGAGAAUGCUCAACGGUUAGGUGCCUCCCAGGUGACCCAGCCUCUGACUACUCCAGUGGUUUCCGUGGCAACGCCCAGUCUCCUGACCCCAUUCUCUAUGCCAACUGCCUACAACACAGAGUAUCAGCUGACGAGUGCAGAUCUCACGGCCCUUCAGGCUUUCACGCCACAGGGUGCACUGUUGCCGAGUAACAUGACCACUUGGCAACAGCAGCAGCCAUCAGUAUCACAGCAACCGCAGCAGCAGCCAUCCAUAUCCCAGCAACAGCAGCAGCAACCACAACAGAUCAGUCUGGCCUCACUCAGCAACCUUGUCAUGUGGGGUGCAGACAAACAGAACGGGGAGAUGGCUAACUGCAUCUCCGGUCUGGCCGCUAAUGUCAGUGUGACCUCUCAGGCCAGCUUACUCUUGGGCAGGGAGGAUGGGCUCAGCUGGCCAGUGGGUCCCAUCCCUCACGGUGCCACUCUGACGGUGAACACUAACCCGAGCGUGAGCAUCAAGUCAGAGCCAGUGUCUCCUAACCGCGAGCGAACUACCCCAAGCUCCACGGCAGCUCUCAGCUUGUCCCAGUACCCAGGGACCGUGCGGGUAGACGCCUUGGGCCACUCGCCACUCCAUACCAUCAGCAGCAGCAGUAACAGCAGCGAGCGAGAUGAGACAGGCCAACCACGGCCUCCAGAUUUCAGUGUGGCUGCACUGGGGCCAAUCAGAGCAGCAGGAGAUCAAAUGGCCUUUGCAGAGUCACAGCAAAGCGCUAAUGCCAAACGCAUGAGACUGGAUACCUGAGUCAAAUAAAAGCAACAAGCGAGAGCCACCCUCUGUCUCACACACACACAUACACACACCACACACACGCAUUUCACCUCCCUCUGACACACAGUCUCAUCUGCAACCAAGACACAUGCAUGCAACACACUCUUUCCUUGGCCUUUUUCUGUUUUUUCUCUCUAACACACACACACACACACACACACACACACACACAGUGCAUAUAUGUACACAUACUUGCAAGAUAGUCAUGGACAGAGGUGCCAGUGCAGGUGCACAUUCAAGCCUGACCUGUUCUGGACAGGUGUAGGAUGGGACAUUUUUUUUUGUUUCUACAGAGCAGAGAAGAAAAAAAAAAAGCCAGCUUCACUGACCUCUGAUCAGUCUUUAUUGUCCUCAGCCCUAUCUCCACAUUGACACACUUUACCUUCUGAUCCAAGUCCGGCUAAACCGCUAGACAGCCAAACACAAGCUGUUCAUCAUGGGGUGUAGAUUAGCCUCUCAGAGACUGAUAUCCAGGGCAUGUUAUUGUUGUUUGAGGUUUAUCCCUUUUGUUUUCUUUCUUUUGUGUGUGUGUGUGUGUGUGUGUGUGUGAAGGCUUGUUUUUGAUGUUUAUUUUUUUAUAGCUGUUCUCUCCUCUCAUGGUACUUUCUUCUUCUUCUAUCGACUAUCCUGCUCAAACAGCUGUAGUACUGACUUAUGAGAUAUUUGAUAAUAUUGCGUUUUAAUCAUCAGUCAGGAUCUUUGUCUUGGAAAUGCAAAAGGAUGAAUCUCUCAUGUACAGCUGACCUAAUCAAGGUUUAAAAAUAUUUCAGGGACGGACUACGGUGACUCAUGAGGUGAACUCAGCCGCACCAUCUCUUAACGAACGUAGAGCUGCAGACAGACUGACAGUAAUAAUAUUUGUGUGUGUGAGUGUGUGUGUGUGUGUGUGUGUACACAGUGUGACAGAGAUGAUGUGGCAGUGACCGGUAAACAACCAAGUGCUCAGUUUGGUCACAGUUUCAGAGUUUGUUUCCUGCUUUUCCUCUCUGCUAACUUGCGUCAAAUCCCUCAGCGGUGCACCUCGACAUGAACAGCUCAUUAGGGCCUCUCUUCAUUUGCAGGAGAGAUGACCGGAUUGUUUUUUUGGGGGGGGUUUUUUUUCCACUUUCUUCACUUUUGUACACACAAGUACGUAUGUUUGUACCGUACGUAUGGUGUAGUGGAAAUGUAGCCCUAUUUGUACGAUUUGAACUCAAGUCCUGAUAUUAAAUACAAAUGUAUACACGUUGCUCAGCUGAACACUCUGUCUUAAAGAGUGGGUGGCUGUAUUAGUCACUACUGCUAGUUUAUGUGAGAAGCAACCUAAAACUCUGUAUUUAUUACUUGUAUGUCUGGCUUUGCGAUUCAGAUGUUUGUUAGUUCAACUUAUGAAGCAAGAUUUUCUUAAACUGUCGUUUUAAGAACCCAGAUGAGUUUAGAAGCGAUCUGAGCUCAGGGUUGCGGGUUUCUAGGCUUUCAGAGCAUGUAAAUAUCCAGUUUUCCCCCCUCCUUGUUUCUGCCCAGGAUCUUGUGUAACGAAAGGAGAGGAUCGGAGGCAGAAGGGGGGUUUCUAGAACUCUCAGCACAUGGGCAUGAGGAUUGUAGAACUGGAGAGGAGUGCAGCUUUGUGGUGAAGCUGAGGAGAAGCCAGAUGAGGGGGGACUGUACAUAGAGAACUGUGUAUGAUCAUACACAUUGUGCUGGAUCUGCCUAAAGCAGAGCUGUAACUCUCAGUGGACAUGUCUUUCUAUUUCUAUGUGUAAAUAAAUUACCGUGUUGCGAGCGAGCCUAGUAGAGAUGCAGCAGGGGGCACAGACAUGGGUAUGACUGUUUCAGGAUCGAUGCGUUGGGUUUUUUUUUGUUUGUUUGUUUGGUUUUGUUUUGUUUUUUUUGUAAUUGAUAUUCUGAUGGAGUGCACUUUAAAUCAACCCCCACCAUCCCUAAUACACAAACCCUUCACCCUCUUUACUAUUCGGUUGUUUUUCAUAAGAGGGGAUGUUUUCUCUUUUAUUCUAAUCCCAGCCACUUCCCUUCAUGUGCACACAAUUCAGAGAAUACACACACACACACACACACACACACACUGCAUUGCCCUCGUCACUUUUUUUGUGUCACGCCGCUGCUUUCAUUUCCUUUUCCUUCAUACUGGCUUGUCCACCUGGCUUUCAGUUUCACACAGUAUCUGCAGGACUGUCCCUACUGGUCUAUAUAAAGACAAUUCCUUAAACAUACACACUUCAUCCCUCCUUGCAGAAACAGCGUGCGCCGUUCAGGGAAGAAGAGCUCAUGUUUGUUGCCCCACAUGUUAUGCCUCGUUUUUUGAUGGUGAACAAUUAUUAAAGACAACCGUCACCUUUUGUAAAAAGACGUUGUACUUAUACACAUAAUAGAUUAGACUUAUCUCGACAUGUGUUGCAAAUGUGCAAUUCUCAAAAUGCAAAAAAAAAAAAGAUGUCUAUUAUUGAAACAAUAAUGUACACAAAUUGUUUUAUGGUCAUUAGUGUAGUGAAUAAUAGAGUGAAUAGAAUGAAGGAUGUUUCAUUAUUGAUCAUGAAGAAUAGGACGAGCAGCAAUCUCUGUUCAGAGUCUGUGAACAGAAUAUUUUUAAUUAUUUUAAACAGUGCUGUACGUGUAUUGGUAUCCCAAAUCUGUAGUCGCUAUCUGUCAUUUCCCUCAAAUGAAAAAAAGAGCAAUUCGUUGUAGCGUAUCUAAGGAGAUGAGGUAUUGAUGAUAAGAGUACAGUCUUGUUCCAUAAAUUAGGAGUCACCCUGAAGUGUAUCAGAGGUUGGUUAUUUUGGCUAAAUAUCGCCUAGACAUUGUGGAGUAGCUCCAUUUUGUGUGUGUGUGUGUGUGUGUGUGUGUGUGUGUGUGUGUGUGUGUGUGUGUAUAAUAUAUAUAUAUAUAUAUAUAUAUAUAUAUAUAUAUAUAUAUAUAUAUAUAUAUAUAUAUAUAUAUAUAUAUAUAUAUAUAUAUAUAUAUAUAUAUAUAUAUAUGCUCAGGUGAGAUCUGCCUUGCAUCAGUCCCUCCGUCUUGGCAGCUGAUUUCUUUCUUUAUUUAUUUAUUUUAAUUUUUUUACCUCGCCACCCCCCCCUUCCAUCUCCCAGCGUCUCUCGCUCCCUUUCUCUUACUGUCCUUCUCUCUUUUGUUUGGCAAGCGGCCAUCUCACCUAAACCAUCACAACCAAUAACCCAUAACUCCUAGACAAGAACACACACACACACACACAUACACACACAUACACACACUCGCCUAGUACCACCUCGGGUCUGCACAUUGGAACACCUGUAGAAUUUAAGCCUGAGCUUUGAACAAAUUCACGGAUUUGUGAACAUUUUCUUGAGGUGUGAGAAGUUUGCAAGCUCUGAUAAGGAUCUUUUGGUGACGGUAAGAGUCAUUGUAUUCAAAAGGAAAGACAAUCGUCACGUGAAUAGUUAACUUUCACCCCAAUAUCCCCCAUGUAUGAUGUUUAGAGAAGCUAAAUUUUUCUAGUGUUAAUUUGUGCUGGUGACAGUUCUAUUGUCUGUUUUUUAUUAUAAUUGUUAUAAUGGUUAUCAUUACCAUUAUUGUUAUCAUUUUCGAUGGUAAUAAUAAUGAUAAUUGAAAGAUUUUUAUGUUCUGCAUUUUUUUGUGUAGGGUAGGUACUUAUUUUAUUUGAAUUUGACUUUAUUUUAUUAUAUAUGAAAUACUAUAUAAAUAUCUUUGUUUUCAGGUUUUUUGAUUUGUUUUAUUUUUAUUUUUCUUCAAAGGGGUGUUGCACGAUUUAUUAAGACAAAACCGUCAGUAGUGAUAUUAGUACUUAUUGGUAACUGAGGGAAGUGAUAAACAAACUGAUAGAGUGACCAGUCAAAUGCUGCAAUUUUUAGUCAAUUGUACAAAACUGUCUCUACACAUAGAAGAGUAGGGAUAGCCACUCAUUUAAUUUAUUCAGAUCAGACACAGAUGUCAAUGCAUGGGCGUAAAAACAAGCAAAGAAUGAGUCAUAUAAUAAUAACUGAAAUGUAAUUUCAUUAAGAAUAUACACCACACACAACUAGAAUAGAAAUUGAAGAAAAAAAGUUUAAUGAAAAAUAGCUAAUAUAUUGUGUUCUGCUAGUAUGCUUUGAGUUUUGUUGUAAACAAAAGAUAUUUUCUGUUGUUUUCGGAGAAUGAUAUACAAUUUGUGUAUAUUUUCAUAAACAAGGUAUGCACUGAUAUGUUAUUACAAAUUAUAUACUGCUUUUACAAAAAAAGUGUUUGUUAUUGUACCAAAGUAUCCAUUUGUCCUUUAUGACCUUCCUCCUCCCCCCUUUUGCGUAUGUUUUACUGUAUUUUAUAUAUUAAAUAGACAAGUUGACCUACAAAGAA